AUGCAUUAUCCACCAAUAUUACCAGCGCUUCAAAUUCCUGAUAUUCCUUUAAAUAAUAAGAUUGAUUUGUCAUUUUACAAAGAUACUAGUUCCUUCAAAGGAUUUGGCAACGAGAAUCAUGAAUCAAUUG